AUGACGUCUAAUAAUUUACUGGAACAAGAAACCAAUCAUAGUAUUCAGGAUAUUGAAAAAAAGCAAUUGGCAGAUCAAUUGGGUGAUAUUCAUUACAAGAUUCUUCCCACUAAAAAAUUAUUGAUUUGUUUGUUUUCAUUAUCUUUAGCAUUGUUUUUAUCUUUUGUUGAUCAAACUAGUGUUACAAUAGCAUUACCCACUAUAGGUAAAGAUUUAAAUGCGGAAACCACCAUUAAUUGGGCCCCAACAGCAUCAUUAUUGGCAAAUUGUAUAUGUCAAGUAUUAUUUGGAAGAUUAUCUGAUAUUUUUGGAAGGAAAGUCAUGCUAAUAACUUGUUUAAUUUGUUUAUCAUUAGGGGAAUUGAUUUGUAGUUUUGUCCAAACUGGAGUUGAAUUCUUUGUGUUUAGAGCACUAACGGGAUUAAGUUGUGGUGGCAUUCAAAGUCUUUGUAUGGUCAUAUUAAGCGACGUUGUCACUUUAAAACAAAGAGGUAAAUAUCAAGGGAUAUUGGGUGCUAGUGUGGGAAUAGGAAAUUCUAUUGGACCUUUUAUGAUGGCAGCAUUUAUUGAACAUAAUAAUUGGAGAAACUUUUAUCGUAUGAUGUGCCCAAUUAAUAUUCUUGCAUUUGUUAUCAUUGCAAUUUUCAUUGACACCAAACAACAAACGAAACAAUUGAAUCAAUUAUUAAGUAAAUCGGAACAAUUUAAAAAAUUGGAUUAUUUGGGGAUGUUCAUUGGUUGUUCUGGGUUGACGUUAUUGUUGGUAUCCAUAAGUAGUGGUGGAUCAACUUAUAAUUGGAAUAGUGCUUUAGUUAUUUCUAUGUUUGUAAUUGGAGGUGUACUAUUGAUUACUUUUUUGUUUGUCGAAUGGAAAGUUCCUGAAUUGCCCAUGAUACCACUCAAUCUUUUCUCCAGAUUAUCAUUGGGGUUGAUUUUGGGAUCAAAUUUUUUCUUUGGCAUGGCAUAUUAUGGGUUUACAUUUUAUAUUGCCUAUUACUAUCAAAUUGUUCUUGGCUUGGAUUCAAUUCAUUCAGCUAUUUUAAUGUUGCCCCUAGUGAUUCCUCAAUCGGUUGUUUCAGUGAUAGCAGGACAAAUAAUAAGUUACACUGGUCAUUAUAUCUACGUUAUUAUAUUUGGAUACUCACUUUGGACUCUAUCGUGUGGAUUGACAUUAUUGUUUGAUUUGACCACUAGUUAUGGAGUUAUUACUGUGGUGUUGUUAUUAAUGGGAACAGGGGUGGCAUGCACUUUCCAACCAACAAUGGUGGCCGCCCAAAGUCAAGCAAAAAAAUCACAAAGAGCAGUCGUUAUAAGUUGUCGGAAUGUCAUUAGAUCUUUGGGUGGUGCAGUAGGUUUAGCUGUGGCUUCAUUAAUUAUUACCAAUAGUUUGUUAAAAGAAAUUUCCAAACAGGAAAACCAUCAAGACAUUUCUUCAAAUGUGUCGGUGCCAACGGGAUAUUUAAUGUACUUGAAAACUCACAUUUAUUCCAAAAUCGAUACAACACAAUUGACGGCUGCUCAAAUAUUGAUUGUCAGAAAAAUGUACAUGAACUCCAUUCGUAAUUUCUUUUACUUGACAAUACCAUUGUUAGCAUUGUGUUUGAUUAGCAGCUUGUUUGUUAAAGACAGAGGACUCCAGUGUAUAGACGAGGAACCUGAAAGACUGGAAAAAGAGUUGCAAUAA